UGACAUAUUUUCCUUGCAAGAAACUUUGAACAAGCUUUUCACAUUUCUAGCUCCUAACUUUUUGGUUUCGGAGAAAAUUCCACUCUUGACCAGAAAAUUUAGCCGCAUUAUUGUGAAAAGAGUUGCACCAAAAGCUUGCCAUCAAAAAAAAGGAAACGACUAGCAAAAAAGAAAAAGAAGCCGCAUUGUGGCUAUUUUUGCUGUAUAAAUCUUGACCCAUCAAUCUUUCUCAGAACCAGCAAGAGCUCUAAAAUCUAAACCAAACAAACAAAUAGAGAGAACUCCAUCCCAUAUAUGUUCACUGGAGUGUGAUGAAGGAAAAGAUUCACAUUUUUCUAUCCUUCACUUUUCUCACACUCUUUUGCCUCAGCACUAGCACUACUCAACAAUUCCAUAUUCCCAACAAUGCAGUCCUCACACAAGCUUCACACAUCAAGCAAAGACAGCUCUUGUAUUACAGAGACAAGUUUGGCUCAAGAAAUGAGCUUGCCUCAGUCCCACACUCCCUUGUUUUUGACAACCCAAGACUCAAGAAUGCCUACGUUGCCCUCCAUGCAUGGAAACUAGCCAUCAUUUCAGAUCCUCUGAAUUUCACAUCCAACUGGGUAGGAUCCAAUGUUUGCAACUACACCGGGGUGUUCUGCUCCAAAGCUCUUGAUGACCCUUCGAUCCAAACUGUUGCUGGCAUUGACCUAAAUCAUGCUGACAUUGCUGGGUACCUCCCUGAAGAGCUUGGCCUCCUUUCAGAUAUUGCAUUGUUUCAUAUCAACUCCAAUAGGUUUUGUGAUACGGUCCCAAAGAGUUUCAAAAAACUAAAGCUUCUGUUCGAGCUUGAUCUAAGUAACAAUCGCUUUGCGGGUAAAUUCCCUUAUGUUGUUCUUGGUUUGCCAAGCCUGAAGUAUCUCGACCUUCGAUUCAAUGAGUUCGAAGGUAAAGUCCCUAAAGCUCUCUUUGAAAAAGACCUUGAUGCCAUAUUCAUGAACCAUAACAGGUUUGCCUUUGAACUCCCUGAUACUUUUGGGAACUCACCGGUCUCCGUCGUGGUUCUUGCGCACAAUAGUUUCCAGGGGUGUGUACCUGCGAGUCUAGGCAACAUGUCAAAGACUUUGAACGAAGUGAUUCUUAUAAAUAGUGGGUUAAGGUCAUGUUUGCCUAAGGAAAUUGGGUUGCUGAAGAAUGUGACAGUGUUUGAUGUUAGCUACAAUAGUCUAGUGGGUGAAUUGCCUCAGACAUAGGGAGAAAUGGUGAGCUUGGAAGAGCUGAAUGUGGCUCAUAAUAUGCUCUCAGGGACUAUACCUGACAGUGUGUGUUCGCUUCCGAGUUUGCGUAAUUUUAGUUAUGAGUAUAAUUAUUUCACUGGUGAACCGCCUUUGUGUUUGGAUUUGGAGGGUUUUGAUGAUACAAGGAAUUGUUUGCGGGGUAGGCCAAAGCAGAGAUCAACAUUACAGUGUAAAAUGUUUUUGUCUAGGCAUGUCUUCAAUUGUAGUGCUUUUAAAUGUCAUCCAUUUGUUCCUUCUUUGCCUCCAACAUCACCAUCAUCGCCACCUCCAUCACCAAUUUACUCACCUCCACCUCCUCCUUCAAUGCCACCACCGUCACCACCGCUGCCUUCACCACCACCUCCUCCAAUAUACUAUGUUCGCUCUCCACCACCACCACCACCACCACCACCUUCACCUCCCGUGUAUUCUUCACCACCCCUUCCAUCAAAAUCACUGCCACCUCCGCCACCAAUUUACUCACCUCCACCUCCUUCACUGCCACUGCCAUCACCACCUCUGCUUUCACCACCAUCACCACCACCACCACCACCACCUUCACCACCUCCUCCAAUAUAUUGUGUUCGCUCUCCACCACCACCACCUUCACCUCCCUUGUAUUCUUCCCCACCCCCUCCACCAAGUCCUUCUAAGUCACCACCACCACCACAUUCACCUACUCCGCCUCCACCUUAUUCUAACGCUUCUCCACUGCCCCCACCAAAUUCACCACCACCUUCAUCUUCAUGCAUAGAAACUCCACCACCUCCGUCUCCCCCACCAUGUGUGGAAUAUUGACCACCCCCACAACCUUCGGUACCACCACCUAGUCCAACAUAUAACGGUCCACUGCCACAAAUUAUAUGGGUACCCUGAGUGUCUCCACCACCACCACCAUUCAAAUUUUGAUAUUUUUAAACGGAUUUUUCUCCUUUCACCAUCCCUUUUGAAUGAGAAAAUUUUGAUAUAUUUCAAUUAGUUUCCGUGGAUUCUUCAUCUUAACUCUCUUUGCAUUUUCUCCUUUUGAACAUGCCAAAGAUACAACAAGGUAGAAGAAUGUGAUCGCUUGUGCUAGAAUUGUCAAAGAAGUGGUUAUGUGGUGUAGUUCAUGAGUAAGGAAAAGUUAUAGUGCUGAGAAAGAGGGUGUUAAGGGAAAGUUCUUCCAUAUUAUUUGAAUUGUUGUGGAUGUUUUUGAGUAGAUAAUAAGAUGAAAGAUGUAGUUAGGAGGAUUACUCACAGGGAAUGUAAUUACAGAGACGAGAUUCAUGUUAGCCAUGACGGUUGUUGAAUUGGAAUUAUAGUAGGACUGCAGGUCUAUUUUCCAUUUAAAUGCUGUUUCUUUUGUACCACAGUUUUGUUUCUUUGCUUUUACAUCUAGAAUAACAGUCAGUUUCAGAUUCAUCCUUUUCUUGACGUGUGAGGGGGAAAAAAAUCCUGUUUGUUU